GAUAAUCAUCAACAGAAAAUGGAUGUUUUAAAAAUAAAUGGUCUUCGUGUCCGCUCAGAGGUUGGUUUCAGUCCUCACGAAAUAGGGAAGCCACAAGAGUUGACUAUUACUAUGCAUCUUCGAACCUCAAUCAAGAAAGCUGGCGAAUCAGAUUGUGUAGAAGACACCAUGAACUACAGAACCAUCACAAAAGACGUUCUAUUUCAUGUCGAGAACAAGAAGUACAAUCUGAUCGAAGCGGUUGCCACCGACGUUGCCCGUAUUUGCGUUGUGCGACAUGGUGUUCGGUCAGUUAAGGUAACUGUCUACAAACUAAACUCCCUGCGCUUCUCUGAAAGUUCUUCUGUGACGAUUGAGCGAUGCUUGGAAGACUUUGAGUGGAAUGACGUUCACAUAUCAAUCGGAUCGAACAUUGAACCUCAGAUGAAUUUGCCGUUGGCCUUAAGUAUGUUAAGAGAGCAAAUGGGCAUUGUGAAGUUGUCCGGCGCCUUCAGAACGACUCCCGUUGGUUUCACAGAUCAGGAGGAUUUUAUCAAUAUGGCAGCCAUUGUGAAGACCAAACUCGACCCAGCAGGGUUAAAACAGGUGCUGUUACGGGUUGAAAAUAAACUUGGACGGGUUCGAAUUUCCGAUAAUAAGAAUGCACCAAGGACUAUCGACCUGGACAUUUCAUUCUGGGGAAACAUGGAAUGUGAAUACAAACUCAACGAUGGUUGUGCUGUAAAAACGUGGUUCAUUCCUGAGCCAGACGCUUGCAAGCAUUCUCACGUGAUUAUACCACUUGCUGACGUCACACCGGAUUUCGUUCAUCCAACUGCGAGAAAACCUUUAAAAUCGAUCGCGAUGGAAGUGAGUGGUAACCAGGACUUCCGUUCCGUCUUUCCUGUCACUCAGAUUUGCUGGAGUAAUGGAGCUCACACAAAUGGUAUGGAAGAUGGCUUGAUUCUGGCUGAUAAAGUGAAGUAUGUGCAGGACGGAAUCUGCAUGAAGCCAGCCAAUGACGAGCUACAUUUGAAUGAGUUUGCUCAUUGUGCUAAGAGUCCCGUUGCUUUAGUGACAGGCGCGGCGAGGCGGCUUGGUGCAUGUAUUGCGACACAACUUCACGAAAUUGGAUAUAAUGUCUUGGUGCAUUACAACACGUCUGUCACAGAUGCUACUAAGCUGGUUCAACAACUAAAUAGUGUUCGGCAGGAUUCCGCUCGUAAAAUUCAAGCUAACUUGGCGAAUGAUUCACAGAAAACGUCACAGACGGUUAUCGAGGAGUCCUUAAAGGCCUGGGGGCAACUGGACAUAUUAGUGAACAACGCAUCUCAAUUCUACCCAACAGAAGCUGGGAAAGUAACUCAACAGGCCUGGAGAGAGCUCCUGGAGACGAACUUGACUUCACCAUUCUUCCUAUCGCAGGCUGCCUUUCCCAGCUUAAAGGCCACAGGCGGAUGCAUAAUUAACCUUUUGGAUAUCCACGCUGAUCGGCCACUUGAAAAGCAUUCAGUUUACUGCAUUUCAAAGGCUGGUCUGAGCAUGUGCACCAUGGCCCUUGCCAAGGAUUUCGCACCUUUUGUACGAGUCAAUGGUAUCAGCCCUGGAGCUAUCUUAUGGCCCGAGCACAUAAGCGAAAAAUCGUCGGGAUCUAAAAUGACGGAGAUUCUGGAGAAGAUUCCACUAAAUCGUAAAGGCGAAUCUAGCGACAUUGCUGAGGCAGUGAAAUUCCUUGCCUCCUCAGCAGAGUACAUAACUGGACAGAUCAUCCGAGUGGACGGCGGUAGAUCAUUGAAUCAGUAAAGCUGUGAUUGCUAUUUUGUUUCAAUGAUAUGCUACCCGUGUUAUAUUGCAAAUUAAAUAAUAGGCCGAAUUAUAAGACAAAGUCACCAUUAA